UAUCACCUUCUUCUUUCUAUUUCACACCUCACCCACUACCAUUUCACACUUUGCCCACUCUCUCUCUCUCUCUUUCUCGGAGAAAUUGUUUUCUCUCUCUUUUCUUCGCUUACCAUCCAAGCACAUCUGAAGCGAGUACAAAGGCAGAAACCAAUAGACCCUCUCAAAGAGCAGCCAUAUGAUGGCUGUAUCGAGCCCAAAAGAGCUACCAGUCCUCAUCCAGCCUUCUUUUUACAAGCAACCUCAACAUGUAAAUGAAGAUGAAGAAGAAGAACUAAAGCCAAUGGCAGUUCACGCAAUGAACCAAUCGGGCCAGCACUCGAAAAUGAGCGCCGUACUUGAUACAAAGGAGCUCUGGCGACAAUUCGAUGCUCUCGGGACGGAGAUGAUUGUGACAAGGAGAGGGAGGCGUAUGUUCCCUCCAAUCAAAGUUGAGCUACAAAACUUGAAUCCCAACUCUUUCUACGUCCUACUCAUGGAUCUUGUCCCGGUCGACAAGUAUCGCUACAAGUACCAGAACUCUAACUGGGUCAAGUGCUUUGAGGAAGCCUGUGCCCCCACUAGACUCUACAUUCAUCCUGACAGUCCAGCCUUGGGGUCAUUCUGGACCGAUCACAUCAUUUCGUUCUACAAACUGAAACUAACAAAUAAUCAACUUGACAAACAAGGGCAUAUAAUAGUCAACAGCAUGCAUUGCUAUCAGCCUCGGCUGCAUAUUGUUGAGUCUAGUGACAGGCAUAAUCUGAACUGGGAGGACUUCCACACUAUAAUCUUCCCUGGAACUCAAUUCACUACCGUCACUGCUUACCAAAAUGACAAAAUUACUCAACUCAAGAUUGAAAACAAUCCUUUUGCUAAAGGGUUUAGGCAGCCCAUGUCAAGGAAUAGGACUAGGCCAAUUAAGCUAUCCUAUCCACCACAAUCAGGUAGUGAAACUGGCAGCGACGAUGGUGUAGUCUACAAUUCAGUUCCUAUAGUGAGCCCGUCUCAGGAAACCAUCAGAUCAAGCAAUGAAGAUAGAAGAAUUUCCCUUAAAAGGAAGUCCAGUGCUAGUGACGAUGAAGCGAGCCUCAAAAAGCUACGAGGCUCCACUCAACUUGAGGAUUAUAAUAAAAUCCGUCAACGACUAACCCCACCACUUAUUUCAGCUGCACCACAUCCCCUUACCACCAGCCCCCCUCUUCUUCCCCCUACGCCUCCUUUUUAUGUAGUAUACAAUAAUGGGACUGAUGCAGUCUCAUCUACUGCUUCUCCUCUUCUUACAAGUCACACCACCCACCAAGCCAUUUAUCCAGCUCACACUGGCCCCUCGGUCGUCCCCACGUUCCAAAUUGUACAGUUAAAUCCUACGCCAACCACAAAUGCCACUCACCACCACCAGGGCGGUCUCACCGUCCCCCAAUCAGCCCCAAUGCUGCUACCAAGUAACUCAUACAUAAAGCCUGCUUCUCACACGAGCAGUGAUAGUUCGGAUAGCGAUUCGGACAACGAAGGAUCACCUCAAAAUUCCCCACGUCCAACUGUCAUCCAGCCUCCUCCUCCACUGAUAUCGACCCCCGGGGUCUCCGCUAAUGGAAUUCAAAAUAUUUUAAUGAUCCCACAGCAGCCUCGUCAGAUAUUUACCUCUCCUUCUCCUCCCCCUCAUCUUUCUCCUGCCUCUUCUCUAGAUUUAAUUAAACAUCGUAGCCAUGUGAAUGGAAUCCACGCACAUCAAACAACACAGGGACAACAGCAGAUUCUUGUUCCGGUCACCGCUCUGUCAACAAUUAGCGGGAAAAGCAGUUUACUGUUACAACCACUGGUCACCCCGGGAACCCCAAGCACACUCAUGCAAUUAAACACAGGGGGUGUACCACAUCCUAGUGUUAGUGGAGACGGGAGUGUGCAAUAUGUACGCUCAGUUCCAUUUAUAGUUAGUGCUGCAGGUGUCUCAAAAGGAGCUGGUCUAUCCCCUUUUGUAGCAUCAGCUGCUACUGGGGGACAAGCGCUACAGAUGCUAAAGAUUGACAGUGGGCGGGUUGUCACUCCUCCGCAUCAAAUUGUUGACGAAGCACAUUAAUUGGAACAACUCGUACUAACUGAACAGCACAUAUAAUACAUACAUGAAUUAUUAUUAUAAUAAUUUAAAGCAUCUCUUUGAUUUUUUGUGCAGGCAACUGUUGUUGGUGCCUGCUUGCCGUGUGUACUUUCAGAACUGUGUUUUGUGUAUAUAGCAUCUCCCCUCCUA